UCAGACGGCCAUUCUCUUAGCCUUUGUUAACCAAGCUGCGCCUGAUAUCCGGCGUAAACUACAGAAAGUGGAUGCUUUUACGGCCCAGUCUCUGGAAGAACUAUUAAAGGUUGCUGAGCGGGUCUUUAACUCCAGAGAAACCCCUGAGGACUGGGCAGAGCGGCUCAGACAUGAGGAUCUUAUUGGGCAAGAGCAGAAACAGAAGGAGCCUGAGGCUCGAGAAGCCCAGAAACUCGUGGAGCAAAGACAUCGGGAGGACAGGGCCCACAAACAGAUGCUUAGGGCCCAACAAAAAACAACCCAAAUUCUUGUUGCAGCCCUAGGCCAGGGAGGCGGUGCUACCCCGCCGCCCAGGGGCACCUGCUUCCGGUGCAGACAACCCGGACACUGGCACCGUGACUGUCCUAAUGCCUACAUCGAGGGGACCCCCGUAUCCCUAUUGGUUGACACGGGAGCGGAACACUCAGUCUUGUUAAAACCCCUGGGGACCACUUCCUCCAAGACAUCCUUAGUUCAGGGAGGGACUACUCGGAGGACUGUGAAUCUGGGAACACACACUGUAUCACACUCCUUCCUAGUCAUCCUCGACUCCCCGGCCCCCCUACUUGGCCACGACCUCCUCCACAAACUGGGAGCCCAUAUUCAGUUCUCCCGAGACUCCGUCUCAGUGACGGACUCCAGAGGCCAGCCUUUAACUGUUCUGACCUUGGCCCUCCAAGACGAACACCGUCUGUUCUCGGACCCUAACCCCCCGGACAUCCCACCCCAUAUCAAGCCUUGGGUGAAAGACCUACCACAAGUUUGGGCAGAAGUAGCGGGCAUUGGAUUGGCUGUGUACCAACCCCCCAUCAUUAUCCCACUCAAAGCAGGGGCAACCCCCAUUAGGGUUCGCCAAUACCCUAUGCCCCUAGCAGCCCAUCAGGGCAUCCGGCCGCACAUCAAUAGACUUAUGGAGGUGGGGAUCCCGAUUCCCUGUAAGUCACCCUGGAAUACUCCCCUUCUCCCAGUCCGAAAACCAGGAGGGGACUUCCGGCCGGUACAGGAUUUAAGGGAAGUCAACAAGAGGAUUGAGGAUCUCCACCCCACUGUCCCUAACCCGUACACCCUUUUGAGCAACCUCCACCCUUCAUUAACGUGGUACUCUACCUUAGAUCUGAAGGAUGCCUUCUUCACACUCCCCCUAUCACCUAUCAGCCAACCCAUCUUUGCUUUUGAGUGGUCAGAUCCCUCCUCCCAAACUACAACCCAACUAAUGUGGACGAGGCUACCACAAGGCCUAAAACUCAGCCCCACCCUCUUUAGCGACGCCCUAGCUCGGGAUUUGGGAGAUUUUCGGUCCACCCAUCCUGAAGUUACUCUUUUGCAAGAUGUGGAUGAUCUCCUGGUGGCCUCCCUCAGUGAGGAACAGUGCAAACACGAUACCAGGGCGCUUCUCCUCACCCUACAAGAGGCAGGUUACAAAGUUAGCGCAAGGAAAGCAAAAAUCACCGAUGUUACCUUCCUGGGCUACAGGUUACAGGGAGGGUCCCGUUGGUUAACCCCUGCUAUGACUAAGACUGUCCUGGCCAUUCCUGCUCCCACUUCCCCUCGACAGGUCCGAGAAUUUCUGGGCACUGUGGGGUAUUGCCGUCUUUGGAUCCCGAACUUCGCAGAGAUUGCGAAUCCCCUCUACCAGGGUGCCAAAGAUUCUGGGAGCUGGGCCUGGACACCAGAGAUGGACUUGGCCUUCCAGGCGCUCCGACUGGCCAUACUACAAGCCCCUGCCCUGACCUUGCCAGACCCAGAAAAACCAUUUACACUUUUUAUAGAUGAAAAAGGGGGAGUAGCGAAGGGAGUUCUAACCCAGAGACUGGGUCCGUGGGAUCGACCAGUGGCAUACUUAUCCAAACGGAGACCUGUAGCAGCAGGAUGGCCGGCUUAUCUCCGCAUUAUCGCGGCAGUAGCUCUCUUGGUCAAAGACAUCGACAAACUCACCCAUGGGCAGGCCCUGGUCAUUGCCUCUUCCCAUGUAAUCGAGAGCAUCCUCCGCCAGCCCCCAGUCAGGUGGCUCUCACACUCCAGGCUGACCCGCUACCAAUCCCUGCUCCUCAAUGAGUCCCACAUCUCCUUCAGGGUCAUCUCUACCCUGAACCCGGCCACCCUUCUUCCCACGGGUGACGCAAUCGAACCCCAUUCCUGCCAGGACAUCUUGGUGGAAGCUAUCUCAGCCCGCCCGGACCUGAAGGACACCCCCCUUCCCAACGCCGAGCUCACAUUUUUCACAGAUGGAAGUAGUUUUCUCACCGCUGCAGGCACCAGGGCAGCAGGAGCAGCUGUUGUGGACCAGUCCCAGAACCUUGUCUGGGCCGCCCGACUUCCUGAGGGCACAUCGGGCCAAAAGGCGGAACUGGAGGCCCUGAUGGCAGCCCUCCGGGCGGCCAGAGGGAAGCGUGUCAGUAUCUACACGGACAGCCGCUAUGCUUUCGCCACCCUCCACAUACACGCCCCCAUCUAUCGUGAGCGAGGCUAUGUCACUUCCGCAGGGAAGCCCAUAGUGCACCUGGAACACAUCCAAGAACUUUUGGCUGCGGUCUGGGACCCCCGACAGGUAGCUGUGAUUCACAUACCGGGUCCUCAGAAAGGUAAUGCCCAUCCAGCACUGGGGAAUCGAUGGGCAGAUGAAGCAGCCCGGGAGGCUGCCUUACAUGGUACAGUGCCCCGGGCCCUCUCACUCACCCUUCCACGAGACGGGGUGCUCUCUGACCCCCCAACUGGCCCGCCCCAAUAUUCGGAGGCAGACCGGGAAUGGGCUGUAAAGUGUGGAGGGACUCCAAUGGUAAACCAUGAGGAGUUUUUUCAGGACAAAGAUGGGAACACCCUUCUGCCCCAGACAGCCGGCCAGCUACUAGCUACCCACUUGCACCACCUCACUCACUUAGGACAUCACAAACAUAGUGAACUCCUCCUCAAGGGUCGUAUCCGGUUCAGGGGAAUGGGCCCAUUUCUUGAGGAACUCGUUCACAAAUGCACUGCGUGCCAGGCUGUCAGAGCCACUAUCCCAGCCCCUGCCCCAGCCGUCCGUCUGCGAGGGACCAGACUCUGUGAGCAUUGGGAAGUUGAUUUUACGGAGGUCAAACCAGGGAAAUUCGGAUUCCGUUACCUCCUAGUUAGGGUUGACACAUUCACUGGAUGGCCCGAGGCGUUCCCCACCAAAACUGAGACCGCCCAGACGGUGGCUAAGCACCUCCUCGAGGACAUCAUUCCUCGAUACGGGUUCCCCCUAUCCAUCGGAUCCGACAAUGGCCCAGCUUUUGUGGGGCUUAUAGUACGGUCCUUGGCUAAGGGACUGGGGACCUGGUGGAAGCACCAUUGUGAAUACAGGCCUCAGAGUUCAGGACAGGUAGAGAGGAUGAAUCGGACCCUAAAAGAGUUUCUUACUAAACUCACACUGGAGACUGGCCAGGACUGGGUGACGCUCCUCCCACUGGCCCUCUUUAAGGCCAGAAAUACACAUGGCCGCCUCUCCCUAACACCCUAUGAAAUCCUCUAUGGUUCCAUCACUCCUAUCCUGCCCUCCCCCCCUACUGCCGACAAGCUCAAACCUCAUCUACGAGAUUUUGUUCUCUCUCUCUCUCAGGUCCACGCAGACCUGUCGCCCCGAUUAAAAGCCAGAUUUCAGCCCCGCUGCAAACCUAAUCCCUACCAACCUGGUGGCUGGGUCUGGGUGAAACGCCAUCCAAAAGAGAUGCUGCAACCCCGGUGGAAAGGGCCUUUUGUCGUUUUGUUAGUCACUCCAUCAGCAGUCAAGGUGGACAGCAUCGGACCCUGGAUUCAUCACUCUCAUGUUCGACUAGCGGAACCCCCCUGA